AUGAUCUCUCCUAAAUACGCUUUAACCCAUUAUUAUCUUGGACUCAAUACUUUAUCAACAGCCAAGAAGGCACCUCACAUUGUCAAUUUGUACUUCGACUACACUUGCCCCUUUAGUGCAAAAUUGUUUCUUAAAUUAUUCAAGACGGUUAUCCCCAAUUUACAAAAGAAACACCCAGAUGGAUUUCAGUUUGUAAUAGUGAAUGUACUUCAGCCAUGGCAUCCCAACUCAAUCUUGCUAGGUGAGUUUGCAUUGGCUUACGCCAAGUUGUUGCGGGAAACCCCUAGAGGAGAUGAACAUGAGUCGUUUUGGAAUUUUAAUAGAGUUGUCUUUGAAAAUCAAAAGCAAUUCUAUGACAAUUCAAACAUCAAAUUGACCAGAAAUCAGAUUUAUGAACAGAUCUACGAUGUCAUUUCAAAAGAGUUGGACUUGCACGUUGAUAAAAAGAGGUUGUUGGAUGAACUUGUCAUUAAGGAAGGGGGAGAACCAACAAAUGAGGGCAAUGGAGCAACCGCUGACGUGAAAUACUUUACUAGGUAUCUUAGAACCGUUGGUGUACAUGUAACUCCAACUGUGACUGUGGAUGGAAUUGUUGAUGGUUCUGUAUCUAGCGGUUCAAGCGAAGAAGAAUUGGUGAAAGUGUUUGAAAGCAAGUUGUGA